ACUCUUUACUACAAGCCCCUUCUCUGCAAAAAACGAUUUCCCAAUUCCCAAAUCUCUGCCCUUGGCACAACAGCACAGGCGCACAAGCUCCUCACGAUACUCGUGCGUCCGGGCCGCUCCUUCAAAGAAGACGGAAGGUACGGGGAACCCAUGGUUGAGGUGUACGAUCGGAAUACUGUAGACUAAGACCGAGUUCCCCCUAGCUGAGGUACUCGGGUAGCACAGCAGCUUAGGGAAAACUUUUUGUUACUCUGAGAUGAUACGAGCAGUGAUAAUGAUGAAUAAUAAAGGGAAACCUCGUAUCGUCAGAUUCUAUGAGUACCAGCCCAUGGAGAAGCAGCAAGAGCUUAUUCGGAAAAUAUAUGGAGUUCUAUGUAGUAGACCUGAGAACGUGAGCAACUUUGUCAAGGUUGAUUCAUUAUUUGAGUCGGAUGCUCGUCUUGUAUACAAGACUUAUGCCACACUGCAUGUCAUAUUCAUAUUUGAUAACUCAGAGAACGAGCUUGCAAUGCUUGAUCUGAUGCAAGUUUUUGUGGAGACACUCGACAAGUGUUUCGGCAAUGUAUGUGAACUCGACGUAGUAUUCAAUUUUAACAAGGUUAAUGCCAUCUUAAAUGAGAUUAUACUGGGGGGUCAAGUACUUGAGACAAGCUCUAUGGAAGUGGUCAAGGCAGUUGAGGACAUCUCGAAGAUGGAAAAAGCUUCCAAUUCAGUCAUGUCUAUGCCCCGAUGGCAAGGUCGAUGACUUACAACAAUGCUGGUGAGAAGUGCAGACAAAACCAAGAAGGCUACAAUAAUGCUCACAGUUACGAAAUCUCGAUUAUAAUAUUGCUCGUAGUUAUUUCUUUGUCAAGUGAGAUGAGUUUUUAAUAGUGGUUAUGGCACAGAAGGCCCGGUGUAAACAAUGUGGUUUGCUUCACUCUUCAGCAGUUCAGCCAAAUAAAUGGAAGCAGCCUGUGCAUUACAUUGCCAUCUGUAUUGGGCCAUUGGCUAUUGCCUCCCCCAACUCUUGUAGGCUAUGCUUGGAUCCAGGAAAAUGAUGAAAAUCCUGAAGAAAGUUAUUUACUUAUAUUUGGUUUAACCUCGGAAAUGUGAAGAAAAAUUGAUAUGAUCACUGUUUCGGUUUUUUCACUUGUUUGAAUUUUUGUAGUAUUUAUAUGAUAAAAAUAAUAAAAAUUGGAGAAACAAACACAAAUAUUUAAUUUUGAAUAAUGUUUUACUUU